GUAUGACGUCAGAUGGCAAAAGUAUGACGUCAGACGGCGAGAGUAUGACGUCACCGACGCCGCCGCCGCCGCCUGUGCUGCUGCUGCUGCUGCCGCCGCCGGUGGCGACGACGAAGAAGACGACGACGACGAUGACUGCGCGAGACGAGGAGGGCCCGGGCUGCGAGAUGGCGGAGGGCGGCGCUGCGGACCUCGCGACGCAGAAGGGCGACAUCGGAGCCCUGCUCAAGACGCCGCUCAAGAAAGGCGACACAUGGUACCUGGUUGACUGCCAUUGGUUCAAACAGUGGAAGAAGCAUGUGGGAUUUGACAGCUGGGAGGUCUACUCUGCAGCUGACCAGAGCACCUAUCCAGGCCCCAUCGACAACUCUGGUCUCUUCAAAGUUGGCCCAGACGAGAACUUGGAGGGGCUUAAGGAUAAUUUGAUCGAUGAGCUGGAUUACAUUCUGGUGCCCACAGAGGCUUGGAGGAAGUUGGUGGAAUGGUAUGGCUAUACAGCUGACCAAGAGCCCGUCGAAAGGAAGGUAAUAGAAUAUGGUAUGUUUGUCAAGCACUGCAAGGUGGAAGUGUACCUCACUGAGCUGAGGCUUUGUGACAACAGCAACCUGGAUACGGUGGUGAAUUGGCAGUUCAGCAAGGCGGAUACCAUUGACACCAUAGAGAAGGAGAUGCGGAAGCUGUUUCAUAUCCCUGAAGAGAAAGAGACACGAUUGUGGAACAAAUAUAUGACCAACACGUACGAGCCCCUCAACAAACCCGAAAAGACCCUCCAGGAUGUGGGACUCUUCCAGGGGCAGGUACUGGUAAUAGAACAGAAAAAUGAAGAUGGAACUUGGCCAAGACAAUCGCCUACUACCAAAUCAGAUAGUGCCGACGCAACUGAGAACGACACCCCGUCGCCAAAGCCCUCCUCUUCUCCCUCUGUGCCCACCCCCUCUAUCCCACCUCCUCCUCCUCCUCCCCAGCCUACCUCUGCUCUCACGGCCAGAUUCUCGUCAGCCCGAGUCUCUAGCAGCAGUAGUAGCAACAACUACAACUCGAGCUACAACUCGUACAGCGGGCGCGGUGGAACAAGCACGCCAGGCCUUUGUGGCCUCAGCAACCUGGGGAAUACUUGCUUCAUGAAUUCUGCUUUGCAGUGCUUGAGCAACACGCCACCUCUCACCACCUACUUCCUGGAGGAUGCAUAUCUAAAGGAGCUCAACCGCGACAACCCGCUGGGCAUGCGUGGUGAGAUCGCCUGUGCCUACGCUGAUCUUAUCAAGCAGAUGUGGUCUGGGAGCUACUCGUCCACCGUGCCACGCUCCUUCAAGACGCAGGUAGGCCGCUUUGCCCCACAGUUCUCCGGGUACCAGCAGCAGGACUCGCAGGAGCUGCUGGCCUUCCUCCUGGAUGGCCUUCACGAAGAUCUCAACCGCAUCCGCAAAAAGCCCUAUGUGGAGCUCAAGGAUGCAGAGGGCCGAGAUGACAAGGUUGUGGCGCAAGAGGCAUGGGACAAUCACCGUAAGCGGAACGACUCCAUCAUCGUAGACAUCUUCCACGGCCUCUUUAAGUCGACGCUCAUUUGCCCCGAGUGCGCCAAGGUGUCUGUGACCUUCGACCCCUUCUGCUACCUCACUCUGCCGUUGCCCAUCAAGACGGAGCGGGCUGUGGAGGUCACACUCGUUUGGCAAGACCCAAAGUCCAAGCCUACCAUGUACAGAGUGGUGGUGCCCAAGAUGGGCUCUGUCUCCGACCUUUGUGCUGCAUUGGGCCUGCUCGCUGAUGUCCCAAAGGAAAACAUGGUAGUAACAGACGUGUACAAUCAUCGUUUCCACAAAAUCUUCACUAUGAACGAGCCUCUAAAUGGCAUCAAUGAUCGAGACGACAUCUUUGUAUUCGAGGUGGCGGACGAGGACACGGCCCCCGACCACGUUCAUGUGGCCGUGUACAUGCGAGAGCGCAAGACGUCACGCAGCAGCUACAGUUCGAGCAGCGCCAGCACGUCGCUCUUCGGGCUGCCGCUACUCGUGUCUGUGCCACGCAGCACCACCACCCUGGAGGGGCUCUACGAGCACCUCACUGAAUGCAUGGAGCGCCACAUUAGAAAACCAGAUGACGAGGAGGAAGAUCAUGGACAUCAGGAGCAGAAUGGCACACACUACCCCCACAACUACAAAUGCAAUGGCUCGGAACACAUGGAGGAUGACACGUCCAAUCAGGACGUGCCUUCAAGUACAGUCACGGGAGACCCGGAGCAGGAGCUCGCUUCCGAGUCUGAGAGCGAUGCGGACCAGCAGAUCGUACCAUCCAGACCCAAGGAUAGCACAAGGGCGGUGCCAACGUACACGGCAGUAAGCACGGUCGACGGAGACUCUGACACGGAGGCGUCUCCCGAGCGGGGGGAGAGGGGAGAUGGGGAGGGCUGUGCUGAUGAGUCGCAGCUGGGCGGAAAAGGGCAGCGAUGCGAACACAAGCGACGGCCCCUCUUCACCAUCCACCCCGUCAACUCGUAUGGCAAUACAGAGAACCACGCCAUCACAGACGACGGCAAGCCCAUCAAGUUCCAAGCGAGAACCUAUCUGGCUUUAGAAUGGGAUACUGAGACGAGAGCACGAUUCUACAACAACAAUGUGGAUAAGGAAUUUGAAAAACAUGACAGCAUGCUCGCACAGCCGUUGAAGAAGAAGCACCCAGUGAAGCUGAAGGAAUGCAUCGAGCUGUUCACGACCAAGGAGGAACUGGCAGCCACGGAUCCGUGGUACUGUCCCAACUGCAAGAAGCACAAGCAAGCUACCAAGAAGUUUGACCUGUGGGCAUUGCCGAAAGUUCUGGUGGUGCAUCUGAAGCGCUUCUCGUACAACAAGUACUGGAGGGACAAGUUGGACACCCUUGUGGACUUCCCGAUCCGAGACCUGGACAUGUCGGAGUUUGUGAUCGGAACACAGGAUGUUCCGUGCACCUAUGACCUCAUCGCGGUGUCCAAUCACUACGGAGGAAUGGGUGGAGGCCACUAUACUGCUUAUGCGAAAAACAAGGCGGAGAACUCCUGGUACUACUUCGAUGACAGCAGUGUUUCCUCCUCGGCUGAAGAUCAGAUUGUGUCGAAGGCUGCGUACGUGCUCUUCUACCAGCGGAGGGACAACCUCAAGCGUGCUCUGGAGGUCUCGGCAUCCUUGGGCGUCCCCGAGGAAAACCACGAUUCGCAGGACAACAGACAUGUUGCCAGCGGAGAGGAGGAUGCCAUGGACAACAUGGACAACAUGGACACAAACUAGGCCCAGCUGUGUGCACAACCGACGGGUUCCCUCCUUACAGGACGCAUUGGCAUGUUCGUAUCGAGCGUGGAAGUGUGAUGUGUGCCUGCCUAAGGUGCAUCCAGGUAGCAGUCAACCACCAACCUCUGUCUCCUACCAACUUUAUUACCCCUUUUUAAAGGUUGUGCCUUUUAACAUCGUUUUAAAAAGAAAACGCCCGUCUCACUCGUACAUCCCAAAAAUGUCCCACUGCUAAAUUCCCUUUUAAGCAAGUGGCUGACAUGCCCAGCCUCGCGCAGCCAGCCAGCAGCCCGCCCCCCCAUGCUCCUGCCAGAGCAUGCACGUGCUCGCAUGGUCUCACGCACGGAUGAUGGUGCCUGUUCUUUGAUCAGUUUUCCAGGCAUAGUUGCACACACCUGGCUUCGCUUCAUUUUGCCAUGGGGAUUGUGGUUUGUCCUGUUUCAUUAUUUUUACCACUUAUGCUGUUUCCAAAUUGCAGCCUUGAGUCAAUCUGGGGUGGCCUAAUUGUUUAAUAGUGUUAGGUAAGCCACUUCCUUAUACUUGCACAGAAUUAACUUUUUUGUGUGAUUUUGUGGAUCUAUCAGUGAUGCAUAACUGAAGCAGUGCAUAUUGAUUCACUGGCGUGAUAAUAAAGCAUUAGUUUUGCAUAAAUAUUGUUACUUUUUGGUGGCCUAUCAUAAGGGCUCGAAUGGAGUGGAUGGUAGGUAUAAAGGCACUUGGCCUGUGAUCCUAUAGAUAUUGAGUUCUGAUUUUAUAAUUUCUUCCAAAUUUUCAGUUGAGAGCCACCUCCUAGAGGUGUUUGCACGAGUCGAGAAAUGAUUGCGUUUCAUGAAGAGGCCAUAUUCCUGCAACUUUUAGAUACACAAAUCAAAGAGGAGUUCUUGUAGCUGCUAUUUAAUGGUGCUCCUACAACAAGGCCCUGUUCAUCCCGAGUAACUUGUGGAGCCUUGUAAUGAAACUCCGCCCAGGGUGUCUGUUUCAUAAUUGUGACGUUGCCACGUCAUCUUUUUAUCGUGGCUAUAAAAUAGUACUGCUUUUAAUCUGAUCGUUAAUUUUAUUUGGAAAAUGUAAAUUCAGAAGUGCAGUUUUUAACAGGCAAAGGAUGAUACGUAGGUUUUUAAAAAGUACUGUUUAUAAAAUUAAAUGGUGAAGAUUUCACGAAACUCGUGCGUGUGGCCAGAUGUCCUUCAAGUAAUAUCAGAUUGUCGUGAUGAAUAUCAAACUAAUAGCACCAGCCGUUUUUCUUGUUUGAGUAACAAUAAAUAUAUGCUAGCGUGAUGAAAUUGUAUAUGCUGUAUAUUGGAGUUUUCAUGUAAACUGUUGUACAUUAAUGGCAUGGGGUUUUUAGCGCAGUUGUGUAUAUACAGUAACUUUAUAACCAGGAGAGUGCACAUUGACAAUGGGCAGUACUGACACUGAACUCGAUUUUGUGUCAUCUUAAUACUUCAUUACGGUUGGUACAUGUAGUCAGGGAUUUAGAGAAAAAUGUAUAAAAAAAACACUUGAUUUCACACCACUGUACCAGCCAGAAUGAGGCUUCGUUUGUGUGGACAGCCCAUGCAUCGUGCUCACAGCAUGUUAGUGUGUGGAUACAAGUUUGAAUUGCACUGUACUGGUGUGUUUUUAAUGUUUGGGUGACAAGUUUUUUUUCCCCUCCCUUUCCUAAAAAUGCAACCCGAGAAAUCCACACGAGCGCUCACUUCGCGCGUUCGCGUGACCUCGUGUGUGUGUGUGUGUAACCCAUGUGUGCGUGCCAGGGGGCUGCCGUGCUGGGGCUGUUGACUUUUCCUGGGUUGGGCGAGGAGGGAAGGGCAUGAUUUCUGUGGGCACACAUCGAUUCACGGGGUAAAUCCGCGUUUGUGUUCUGUAAGCUUGAGACAAAGAAAUGCAGUGGAUUCUAUACGGUUGUUUUUCAAACGAUAGCUGUGAUUUGUGUAACAUUUUGCAAAGUUACAAAUCUUACAAGAUGAGAACACGAAUAAUACAUUAAAUGUAAGUGCAACCUAUUCCACUGUAGUAGUUCAAGUUUACAGGAUAUUUUGACAAUUUAUGGAGUGAGAAUAAAGAUUACCUGCAGGAGAAAUUUGUAUUGAAAUACUGUAAUCAAGGUGGGAAAUUCUCCCUUCAACGGACGCUAUCGGAAACUUCCCCCACUAAUAUUCGGCAACCUUUAGUCUGGCGCUGCUAGCAAUACAUAUUUCUAGCGGCAAAAUUUGACGCGAGCACUGCAGACGCUUGAUUUUAAGUUCGUCUGCCACAGUAAGUCUGGAGGAUGCGGGGUGCUAGGGAGUGGGUGCAGUGCACUGUGUGGAACGGAUGCCAAAUCUGCAUGGAUUAGUGCUGGUGUUACCUGCCUGCACAAAAUAAGCCUUUCAGUGGGCAUUGAUUGUCACUGACGAUUGCUUUUAUGUUCUUUUUAAAUAAAUUUGAGAUGAAACACA